AUGCGUUCGUACGUCCUCAUCGCUGCCCUCGCGGCCCUCCCCGUCAUCUUCUCGGCUCCCGUCGCCGACUCUGCUAUCGCUCGUCGCGAGGAGGGUCUCGCCAUUCGUGAGGCAGACGCCGCCGUCAUCAAGACCGAGGCCCGCCAGGUUGUCGACCUUCCUGUUCCUAUCGCCGACCUCACUUCUACUCUCACCGACCUCCUCAACCAGAUCCCUGGUCUUACCCACGAUCUCGUCAAGGUGGUGACUGACCUCGUCACUGGUCUUCUCGGUGGCGCCCCUCUUGAUGCUGCCAGUGUCUCCAAGCUCUCGGUUCUUCCCACCAACGUUCUUGGAGGCCUCCUCAAGACGCUCAAGGACCUCGUUGCUGCCAUCCCCAUUGUUGGCCCUCUCCUUGCGCCUCUUCUUGGGGCGCUCGAGCUCCUCUCGAACCUCGGGGAGGAUCUCAUCCCUCUCAAGGUUCGCCAGCUCCCGCCUCUUCCUCUUCCCGUUGGCGACAUUAUUGGCCAGCUGACCUCGGCUCUCAACGACGUCCCCGGUAUCACCGAGGACCUGAUCAAGCUCAUUGUUGACCUGGUUACCGGCCUCCUCUCGGGCAAGCCUCUUGACCCCACUGUCAUUUCCUCGCUCCUCGCCCAGCCCGCUGCCCUUCUGGCCAAGGUGCUCGGCGUUGUCAACAAGCUCGUCGCCGGCCUCCCUCUCCUCGGCCCCAUUCUUUCGCCUCUCCUUUCGGCGCUCACGCUCGUCGUGGCGCUUGGUGGCAUUGUGGCUGGUGGCGUGGUCGGCGGUGUCGCCGGCACCGCGGGCGGUCUUGCUUGA